CUGUGAUAAGAUACAAAUUUAAAUGUUUAGGGGCUUUCGAGGAUAAUAUUACCCCUGAAGUGCCUUCGAAAUGAUUAUCAAAAAAAAGCAAAUGGACGUGGAUUGCCGUGCGUAGUAGUAUCCAUCCGUCCCUCCGAAUUCCAAAAUUAUUACCGACUGUAUUCCUACGACGGAACAUCACUCCGCCUGCUUCCCCCAAUCUCAGAUUUUGCCAUUUUUCCAGAUUCAUUUCCUUGCCCAAUUGGUACACUCAGAGAAGCAUUCUCUAGCAUGGAAGAUGAGGAGGUUAUCAACCUACCUGAUUGUGGUAUUUCUGGAUUCGAAUCUGAAAUGAUUGAGCGUCACGGAUCUGUUGAAGAUACUGCGAAAGAUGAAACUCUUGAAAUCAAGGGCGAAGUUGAAAGUGUAGGAGCCCAGGAUUUGCAGGCAAUGGAUAAUGGCAUAGAUUUGGGGAUAAAUAACUCCACAUUUCAAGCCAGUGUUGAAUUAACUGAAGCAUUUGAGGUAACUCGGAAGGUGGCAUCCACUGGCUCUGAGAUGUGCAUAGAAGACGGUUUUGUAGCUAUUGGAGAUGAAUGCAAUGUUACUAGCCACAUGGAAGGGCAGAUUCCUGUCCGGAGAUCCGAGACUGUUCCAAGUGUAUUACGUGGUGUCAAGAGACCUCGAGUAACUCUUGACGAAGAACAACCAUCGGUACACGUGGUUUAUAAUGCUCUUACAAGAGAGAGUAAACAGAAGCUUGAGGAUUUAUUACAGCAGUGGUCACAAUGGCAUGCUGUGCAUUGUUCUUCAUCAAUGGAUUCCACGAAAGGUUUUGAAUGUGGUAAAGAGACUUACUUCCCUGCUCUCCUUGUUGGGUCGGAGAAGCGUUGUGCAGUGCCUUUUUGGAUGGAUGACCUACAAGGGAACAAAUUGUCCAAGGAGUAUACCUCAUUAGAUAACAGCUCUAUACCUCUUUAUGACCGCACAUACACAUUCGCUCUUACCUCAUCAGACAGCCCAAACAAGUUUGAAGGAGGAUUGGGGGUUGAUGCCCCUCGUUGUUUCAACUGUGGCUCCUAUGGUCACUCAUUGAAGGAGUGUUCAAAGCCUCGUGAUGUUGCUGCUGUCAAUAAUGCUCGGAAGCAACACAAUGCAAGGCGAAAUCAAAAUGCCAGUUCUCGUAAUCCCACUCGCUAUUAUCAAAGUUCACCAAAGGGGAAGUAUGAUGGGUUAAGACCAGGGGUUCUUGAUUUUGAAACACGAAGACUUUUGGGACUCAAGGAACUUGAUCCACCUCCAUGGCUUAACAGGAUGCGGGAGAUGGGUUAUCCACCGGGCUACCUAGAUGCGGAUGGUGAGGAUAUGCCCUCAGGGAUCACAAUAUUUGCAGACGAGGAGUUGGUUGUGGAGGAAACAGAGGAAGGAGAAAUUCCCGACAAGACUCAUCCUGACCCACCGACAAAGAAAAUGAGUGUUGAAUUUCCAGGGGUAAAUGCUCCAAUACCGAAGGACGCAGAUAACUGGCUUUGGGUGGCUGCAGCAGGAGGGUCAUCAUCAAGUUUUAAACCCAACUCAAGAAUUUCCUCGUACAACAAUAGUAGUAGUAGUAGUAGUAGGCAUGCCAAUAAUAACCAUACAUCACACAUUUCCAACCGUGUGCAUUUUGUUGAACGGCAGCUUUCAAGAGAAUUUGAACAUGAAAGGCACAACCAUAGAUCAGAAACUAUCAAUAGAAGGAAUCAUGGUGAACGACAGGUGCUGCCUGCCGGUUUAGAAGAUGAUGGACCACCUGGAUGUGGACUUGACCCUGUUAUGAGUCCUUCCCUAUCUAAAAGACACGGAGAUUGGGACUCCCAUUUUAGUGCCCCAAGUCCAAGGGAUGGUGGUAGUGGUGGCCCUUCAGACCCUAGGGGCAGUACUUACGAUAGAUUCUCUUCAAGACAUCAGCGGUAGUUGAAGAAGCAGACUUCUGUGCAUUAACUGCUCAUAAAUUUCCUCACAUCCUGAUGAUUAGGACUUCAGCAGUAGGAGAAGAAACACACUUGUGCAUUAACUGCUCACAGAUUUUCCCACCCUUUCAUAUCUGAUUAUAAGAUAUGGCUAGGUAUGUAGCUUUUCAUGUUGUCAAAAUGAGACUUGCUUCGUUUGAACAUGUACAUACUUUAGUAGUGUAUGGAAAUGAGAUCGAUAAAUGUGGCUUUCCUUAAAUUUCUUCCGUGACAGUUGUAUUUUUGGUUCCCUAAGUGACACUUACUAUAAGGUGAUGUUUCGCUUUAUAUUCUCUUUUAAUGAAUUUGGCUUCUUUUCUAAUUUUGAAAA